AGCUCAGCCCGGCUCACGCCACACGCGUUGCGGCUUUUUUUCCCGGCGAAGGAAGCUGAUCUGCUUCAACACUCCAUCUGAGCUCAUCUGAGAUGGACGCCUUUGUCGCCAGCAGGCUGCCUGCUGCCACCACUAGUUCGACACCGCAGCAUGCGGCGACCGCGGCGACCCACUUACGGCAGUCGCCGCUGCGUCAGGGAGGUACUGCGUCCCUGACUGCUGGAGUGCUGCUGGCAUUGUGCUCUGCCAGAGGUGCUGGCCGGCCAAACCACCCACGUGCUGCACGGAGACGUGCAGAGAAGGUGGUCCGACAUAUGUGCCAUCGCAACUGCCAUGGUGGAGAGCAUUUGUCGCCCGAGCGAAAGAGAGAGCUGGAGGCCAUUUGUGAGAAGAUUGCGACCCCGGGCAAGGGCAUUACCGCCACCGAUGAGGGCCCCGGCACCAUCGGCGACCGCUUCGAGAAGGUCGGGGUGGAGAACACCGAGGAACACAGGCGCAUCUACCGGCAAAUGCUCUACGAGACACCCGGGAUCAACAACUAUUUGAGCGCCGCCAUCCUGGAUCCGGAGACGAUGUACCAGAAGGACGAUGAAGGCGUGCCAUUCCCUGAAGCUCUCGAGAAGCGUGGCAUCAUCCCGGGCGUCAAACCGCACUUGAAGGUCUACGAGUUGCCAGGCACCAAGGACACCGUGAUGCAAGGCCUCGACUCCCUGGCCGUCCGCUGCCGGGAAUACAAGGCGGCGGGCGCCAAGUUCGCGAAGUGGCGCAGUCCGCUGCAGAUCUCGCGCUUUGGUCCCACCAAGAUGGCCAUCGAGGCGAACAUGAACGACCUGGCGCGCUAUGCAUUGAUUUGCCAAGAUGAGGGCCUGGUGCCAAUCGUCGAGCCGGACAUCGUGAUGAAAGGCGACCAUGACCUGGAAACGGCCGUCGCCGUCAACGUGGAGGUUCAGGCGACCCUCUACAAGGCCAUGCUGGACCACGGGGUUUACAUGGAAGGCACCAUUCUGAAGACGAACCUGGUCAACCCGGGAUUGUCCUGUGACCAUGACUACAGCGUGGAAGAGAUCGCGGUGGCGAACAUGAUGGUCCUGCGGAGAGUGAUGCCCACAGCCAUCCGCGGCGUGAACUUCUUGAGCGGAGGACAGAGCUUGGAAGGCGCUGCGGCCCGGCUGAACGCGUUGAACAAGGUGAAGAAACGACUGGGCCGAAUGCCCUGGAACAUCUCCUUCUCAUGGAGUUGGGCUUUACAAGCUCCCCUUUUAAACAUCUGUAAGGGUCAGGGCGGAAAGAUUCCUUUGAAAGAAAUGAGUGAGCUGUACUUGCAAGAGUUGGCCAUUGCGAGCGCAGCUGCACAAGGAACCUACCAGGAGGGAUUCCCUCCUGAUGUAAUCCGUGAAGACGAAAAGAAGGAUGCCGAGGCCAAGAAGGAUGAGCCAAAGAAGGAGGAGAAGAAGGAGGAACCAAAAAAAGGACGCCGAGGCCAAGAAGGAGGAGCCAAAGAAAGAGGAGGAAAAGAAGGAAGAACCAAAGAAGGAUGCGGAGGCCAAGAAGGAAGAGCCAAAGAAGGAGGAUGAAAAGAAGGAGGAGCCCAAGAAGGAUGCCGAGGCCAAGAAGGAAGAGCCAAAGAAGGAGGAGGAGAAGAAGGAGGAACCAAAGAAGGAUGCCGAAGCCAAGAAGGAAGAGCCAAAGAAGGAGGAGGAGAAGAAGGAGGAACCAAAGAAGGAUGCCGAGGCCAAGAAGGAGGAGCCCAAGAAGGAAGAUAAGAAGGAGGAACCAAAGAAGGAUGCCGAGGCCAAGAAGGAAGAGCCAAAGAAAGAGGAGGAAAAGAAGGAGGAACCAAAGAAGGAUGCCGAGGCCAAGAAGGAGGAGCCCAAGAAGGAGGAGAAGAAGGAGGAACCAAAGAAGGAUGCCGAGGCCAAGAAGGAGGAGCCCAAGAAGGAGGAAAAGAAGGAGGAACCCAAGAAGGAUGCAGAAACUCAGAAGGCAGCUUGACUGAGAGGUCUGCGUCAACCGGUCGGUGCCCGGUGACACCGACAACGCCACGACCACGGGCAGCCGAGGAGGGUGUUCCGGCCUGAGGGAGCGAGCCUAGCCGCGGUUCGGCAGCCGAGGAAUGAGACAUGUAGCAACUGGCCAUGAAUGGCGCGAACCGGUCGAUGUUCUUCGAUGAAGGCACGUUGAUUUCUUUGGGUGUUCACUCAUCACAACUCAUCACACCGGCAAAACAGGAUGUAUGAAGAUUGAAGAGU